GCGGGUUAUCGCAGUACGAUAAAUUGUACCAAACCACAUGCACUGACAUCAAAGUUUUCUCGUGUCAGUCUUUAGUGUACGUUACUGAUUCCGUGACACAAUGGCGAUUUUCGUGUUAACUGUAGUUGGAUUAACGCUUGCUGCAAGUGCAGUGAACGCCGAACAAAUUAAAAACUUUCGCAUGUGCAGCCGGAAUACUAAUUGUGAUGUAUAUGAUGUGUUUAUUGAUCCAUGUCCCGAAGCUUUAGACAACCAAGCAUGCGAAUUGCCACAAACCGUGAACGCGUCCAUCGCAUUCAAAUAUAUACCUAAAUUUGGUUCGAAGAAACCAAAGACAAGACUAUACGCUGAAACCCUUUUGCUGGACUUGCCGUUUAUGGACAUGGACACGAACGCAUGCUUAUACACAAAUUGUCCCAUGGUGAAGGACACCGAACAGAAUUGGCUGUACAAUUUAUUCGUAUCAAAAAACUAUCCUAAGGCUAGUUACACAGUCAAAUUCAAGUUCUGGGACAACGAACCUAAUGCCCACAGUGACGACCAAUGCUGCUUUAAAUUCGACAUCAAGAUCGUUUAACGGAAAUGGAAAAUACUCGCAACUACCUAUACCUAAAUAUAUAUUUAUUGGCACCCAUACCAACAUAUUAUAUAAUAUUUUAACCAGCAUUAUUCAUUAUAUAAUUUAAUAAUAUAUAUAACAUCAAAGUCAAUGCAGUACCUAUCUACACAUGACUACGCAUAUACAUAAUUAUUUAUUAUUAUAAUUUUGACUACCUAUAUAUUAUUAAAAAUUAAAAUAUAAGUUACUAAAUAUUAUAA